CAGGACGCGGUCAACAAGCUGAUGAAUGGAUUGCUGAUUCAACCUGAUGCAAGUCCCUUCACGUUCCCACAAGCCAAAUUUACCCACCUGCCCAAUGAGAUUCAUGCCAAUGUAGAGUACCUCUAUCAGAAAGGUGACAUCAACCAACCAAGCAACUUCCUGGCUGCGAUACUGGCAGUUAGUGGUCCUACAACCACUACAGCUUCCCCUGUGAUUGCCACAACGAAUUCUCCAGCAGUGACCACCACAGCAGCUCCACGUACAGUUGUGGGUCCAGUGUUUAUCUUUGUCCGACUUGUGUUCCACACCAACAACACCGUCCCCAGUGAGAGUGACGUUCUAGCAAAGGGCAGUCCUUUCUUGAAUGGUGAUGAAAUCCGGCUGAAUGAUACCGUGAGGGUGCAGAAUCUCACAUAUGAGCGAUUAACAGAUCAUUCCUUCGCUUUGAGCCUGGCCUACAAGAUCAAUGACGUGAGCUUUCCAGAGAAUGUGGAACUCAGGACGAAGACGCAAGGGCGCAUUCAGGACGCGGUCAACAAGCUGAUGAAUGGAUUGCUGAUUCAACCUGAUGCAAGUCCCUUCACGUUCCCACAAGCCAAAUUUACCCACCUGCCCAAUGAGAUUCAUGCCAAUGUAGAGUACCUCUAUCAGAAAGGUGACAUCAACCAACCAAGCAACUUCCUGGCUGCGAUACUGGCAGUUAGUGGUCCGACAAUCACUACGGCUUCCCCUGUCAUUGCAACAACAAAUUUUCCAGCUUCUACGACAACUUCAGCUGUUGCUCCAAUGAUUUCUGAACCAGCAACUGAAAGUGUUACACGCCUUCUAGGGGCACCAACAUCUGGUGCAAAUUUUCCAGCUUCUACGACAACUUCAGCUGUUGCUCCAAUGAUUUCUGAACCAGCAACUGAAAGUGUUACACCCAUUCUAGAGGCACCAACAUCCGGAGGAGCGGUGACCACCACAGAAGCUAUACGUAUGGUCCGUGGAACGGUUUUCAUCUUUCUCCGAUUUGUGUUCCACACCCUCAAACCCGUCCCCACUGAGAGUCAGGUUCUCUCCCGCGUCAGCGUUUUCCUGCGAAGUCGUCAAUCAAGGGCGCUAGAUAAUCCAGUGAGGAUUCAGGAUCUCACGUAUGAAAAAAUAUCAGAUCAUACCUUCGCUUUGGAACUGAGCUAUCGGAUAAGCAACGUGACCUUUCCAGAGAAAUAUAAUCUCAGGAACGAAACGCAACAACUCAUUCAGGUCUCCGCAAACGACUUGCUUAACGGAUUGCUGAAUAGCCCCAAUGCAAUACAGUUUACCUUCCCACAAGCAAAUUAUACCAACGAGCUCAAUGUGAUUAAUGCCAGUGUGGAGUAUGUCUUUCGGGAAGGUGACAUCAACCAACCAAGCAGCUUCCUGGCUGCGAUACUGGAAGUUAGUGGUCUUGCCACCACUACAUCUUCCCCUGUCAUUUCUACAACAACUUCAGCUGUUGCUCCAACAAUUUCUCAACCAGCCACUCAAAGAGUUACACCCAUUCCAGGAGCACCAACCACCACAGAAGCUAUACGUAUGGUCCGUGGCACAGUUUUCAUCAUUUUUCGAUUUAUGUUCUACACCCUCAAACCCGUCCCCACUAAGAGUCAGGUUCUCUCCCGCGUCAGCGUUUUCCUGCGAAGUAGUGAAUUAAGGCUGAUGGAAAAUCCCGUGAGGAUUGCGGACCUCGAAUAUGAGAAAAUAACAGAUCAUGCCUACGCUUUGCUACUGCACUAUCAGAUAAGCAACAUGAGCUUUCCAGAGAAAUUUAGUCUCAGGAACACAACGCAACAACUCAUUCAGGCCUCCGCAAACGACUUGCUUAACCGAUUGCUGAAUAGCCCUAAUGAAAAACCUUUCACCUUCCCAGAAGGAAAUUAUACCAACGGGCUCAAUGUGAUUAAUGCCAGUGUGGAGUAUGUCUUUCGGGAAGGUGACAUCAACCAACCAAGCAGCUUCCUGGCUGCGAUACUGGAAGUUAGUGGUCUUGCCACCACUACAUCUUCCCCUGUCAUGUCUACAACAACUUCAGCUGUUGCUCCAACAAUUUCUCAACCAGCCACUCAAAGCGUUACACCCAUUCCAGGAGCACCAACCACCACAGAAGCUAUACGUAUGGUCCGUGGCACAGUUUUGAUCAUUCUUCGAUUUGUGUUCCACACCCUCAAACCCGUCCCCACUGAGAGUCAGGUUCUCUCCCGCGUCAGCGUUUUCUUGAAAGGUCGUGAAUUAAGGCUGAUGGAAAAUCCUGUGAGGAUUGCGGACCUCGAAUAUGAGAAAAUAUCAGAUCAUAUCUUCGCUUUGAAACUGAACUAUCAGAUAAGCAACGUGACCUUUCCAGAGAAAUAUGAUCUCAGGAACGAAACGCAAAAACUCAUUCAGGACUCCGCAAACAAGUUGCUUAACGGAUUGCUGAAUAGCCCCAAUGCAAUACAGUUUACCUUCCCACAAGCAAAUUAUACCAAUGGGCUCAAUGUGAUUAAUGCCAGUGUGGAGUAUGUCUUUCGGGAAGGUGACAUCAACCUACCAAGUGACUUCCUGGCUGCGAUACUGGAAGUUAGUGGUCUGGCCACCACCGCAGCUCCCACCACCACAAGCAGCCCUGUCCUCCUGCUGAUCACAAGUACUGCAGGCAGGUUCCCCGGAUGGGCCCUGGCCAUCAUCAUCCCCUGUGGUAUUGUCAUCAUUCUCCUCCCCUUCUGGAUCCUCCUUUGUUGCCUGCUGUGUGGUUGCUGUGCGGCCAUUAAGAGACGUUGGCGCAAGAGGCAGGCCUACCACAUACAGCAAUAUGUCACACAUCCCAUGUGAGAGGGUGGAGCUUAGACAUUCAGCUGGAAUCUGAAAACAAAGUUUUAUUAUGAUUCAUGUUUUAUUAUAAUUUUCUAAGACAUAUGCAUGGCUGGUUGGUGUAAUAUUUGUCUUUAUUUACUUAUAUCUAUAAAAUAAACUGCUCUGUUAUAUUAUACCCAUGUAUUCAAAUGUAAAUCUCCACAUAUUUAUCUUUCUAUCAAGCAUUAUCUCUAUUUUAUUAUAGUGAACUAUGUAUUGCAUAUGUAUUUCAUGUCCAGGCAUUAUUAAUGCAACUUGUUUAAUCAAUUAUCAUUUGACUUUGAUUUAAAAUUUACAAUUGAAAAUGAUUGAAAUCCAUAUUUUUGUUUUACUGUAGACAUCUAUGCAACUGUAUUUGAAAUGAAGAUGUACUCAAUACAAAGCUAUUCCUGACUAAUUUUACAUACAGGAAUAUAUAAUAUUGUUUAUGAUAAGUAUUCUAAAACAAAAUUCAGAUACUAGAUUAAGUUUUAAGUUAUUGAAGGUUUAUUUGAAGAAAUAGUACGUAGCCAGUAAACUGCACACAUUUUUCAAAAUAAUAAAAUUAUCUGUACUCCUUUCUUAGUAACUGCCUUUGAAGAAGAGACAUUGCUGCAUUGUGUGUUCUCAAUAAUAAAAUCAGCUUCCUUAAUUUGUUUA